CUUUAAAACCCAUACUAGUAUCGAUCACACGACUAUUCUUGUCAUAAAACAGACAGAAAGUGUGAGUGUUAUAGUGAGAAAGAGAUAGAAAGAGAAUGAGGAUAAGUGAUAUUUUCUGCUCUUCUCCGGCAUCAACAGCCGUACGACGAAGUACACUUCCCCACGACGGAGAAAUCACCGGAGGCCGCAGAUCUGUGGAUAGCCUCCGCCGGAGUCAAAACCCUAAUAACAAUAGGGACAAAACCGCCCCAUGCUUCGCUUCCGAGAUGCCUUUCAUCCCAAUUCCUCGUCCAGUCAUGAGCUGUAGAAACUCUUUUGAGUCUUCAAGAGGUCGGAAGAUCACUACGGCUCACGGUGGAGAGGUUCAGACUCGCCGGAAAAGCUCAGCUGACGUAAGCGAUGUCCUGAGGAGAACGAAGAGUUCUCUACAAGGCUCAUCGUCGUCGAGGUAUCUUCUAAAGGAUUAUAAGUCUUAUAAAGAAGAUGAUAAGGACUUUUGGUUAUCAUCAUCGGAUCGUUCUAAGGAUUUGAUUCCUUUCCGUGCCCGCAACGUCACAAUAUCUUCAUCGUCUACUUCCUCAUCUUCCUCGUCUUCUGUAACCAAUGGUUCAUCGCCUUCUCCAUCCACUGAUGAUGAUCAGGUUGUGGUUUUGAGGGUAUCGAUCCAUUGCAAGGGAUGUGAAGGGAAGGUUAGAAAGCAUAUCUCCAAAAUGGAAGGGGUGACAUCAUACACCAUUGAUAUAGCAACAAAGAAGGUGACGGUGGUCGGAAAGGUAACACCUUCUGGAGUAGUAGAAAGCAUCUCCAAGGUCAAAUUCGCUCAGCUUUGGCCUUCUUCUUCGUCUCCUUCAUUUCCUCACGUUCCUAAUCAUUCCCCCCUCAUCAAAUCUUAGAUUUAUCUUCUUGUAAUCUUAUCGAAAUGAUAUUGUUAUUAGUCAUCGACCAUGUUGUGCUUGGUACCAAUGUAAUAUUAAGGUGAUGUAUUUUAAUAUAACACUAUAUCUCGAUC